AUCCUGAGGGAACUCCUACGUGAAUUCUCAUUCCAAUAUAUAAAUCUGUGCUCGGUAGUAGCUCGUCCUUUGUUUCGUGUGUCUUGGUGGAAUCUGAGGCACAGCUUGCUGAGCUCUCUUGGGCAGUACUUUCGGGUGUGUGUGAUUUAGUUGGUGGGAGAUGGCAGAGGAGAAGCCGGCGGCCAGGGUGGAAGUGGAAGCGGAGGGAGCCUCGGUGGUGAAGGACGUGGAGGAGGAGAAGACGGCCAUCGUGCCGGCCUCGGAGGAGAAGCCCGAUGACUCCAAGGCUCUCGCCAUCGUAGAACAGGUUGUGGAACCUUCUGCAAAUGACAGAGAUACUGCUCUUGCAAGGGUUGCAACAGAGAAGAGAUUGUCACUGAUCAAGGCAUGGGAGGAAAAUGAAAAGGUUAAGGCAGAAAACAAGGCUCUCAAGAAGAUGUCAUCCAUUAGUGCAUGGGAGAACUCAAAGAAGGCUGAGGUGGAAGCUGAGCUGAAAAAGAAAGAGGAAGAACUGGAAAAGAAGAAAGCAGAGCAUGCGGAGAAAGUAAAAAACAAGAUUGCCUUGAUUCACAAGGAAGCAGAAGAGAAGAGAGCAAUUGCUGAGGCUAAGCAUGGCGAAGAGGCCCUCAAGGCUGAGGAGAAGGCUGCAAAAUAUCGUGCCACCGGGCUCACUCCAAAGAGGAUUUUUGGGUUCUUUUAAGGCCUGAAAGUUGACUACAAGAGAACAGAUUGAAGAGACUAUUCACCUCCAAUCUGUUCUUGUGAUUCUUGAGUUUUCUGAGUGUGUAGUGUCAGUCCUUCAGAUGCAGCUUUCUCUGACAGGUUGUGUUGAUUGUUCACAGAGAGAGAGAGAGUGUGUGAUUUGGUUGAGAAUCAAUGUGUUUGAUCUGUUAACUGUGAUGUUCAUGUGUAUGAUUUAAUUUACAUGUGCACAGCUUUGUUCUUACUUUUCAAUGUAAAGAAUCAUAUGUGUAUUUAAUCCAAAAUUUAAUUAAA